CUGCUUUCGAUGAAGGUCAUACUGAUAAACAGCAGAAGAACGGGAAGAAACAUCAUGGUAGUGCUAGUAGUACUACUAAUGCAAAAACGUCCGGUGGUGCUGGUGCGUCAAAGUGGAACGGGUGUGAAAGCUCGCACGACUUUCUACCUAAGAAGAAAACAGACGCAGAACUUCGUUUAGAGCGGAAACAACAGGGCUUUCGCAAAGCUGUGGAUCGUAUUAUCCGGCAUGCCAGAGAUUUCGGAGAGCUCGAUGAUGAGGCAGAAGAAGAAGACAAGGACGCACCGUCUGUAGGCGGCGAAAGCCCCAAACUUAAAAAGACCUAUGCGAAAGGCGAAGACGCUGCAAGAGAAUAUCUCGGCUCCGUCGCGAUGGGUGAUAACUUAAGACCGUUAUGAAUAAUACGAGUAGGUCAUUGAUUCAAUUCUUUUUCACCAGACCACUAGUGCACAUUCUGUUUAGUAAUAGUAGUAGUAGUAGUAAGUUAGUUUAGUUAGUAAGUUUAGUAGUAAAUAUGUUUAGUAGUAAGUAGUAGGAGAUGCGCAUGCGACGAAUAGGAACCUCUUCUAAAUAACGGAGGAAAAUCAGGCAGGAACAAGAAGGAAGAUAAACCGAAGGUGACGAUUUGUACGAUUCACAAAGCCAAGGGGAGAGAGUGGAAAUACGUUUUCAUUCCGCAUUUCAACGAAGGAUAUCUGCCGAGCACAUUGAGGGUAAUAGAUUGCUUUAGAAAGACUUCUCGUCUUGUUGUUCUCUUACGACGAUGAAUUGAGUUCGUGUUUGCAGCCUACGAAGGCGAAAAAAACAAGUAGCACGAAGGCCUAUAGGAGGCAGCAAAUCAUGAAUCCAAUUUUCUUACAUCUAUCUCUAUCACAUCUUAGCAUCGCCAUUACAAUAAUAUCUGCGUUGCUCUCUAUCCUUUAUCUACAUUCAUUUCUUUUACUUUUCCUAGUUAGAUUGGCUCCACUCAUACUAUACAGGAAGACCCAAAGCCUAAGCCGCAGAAGCAUGUAGGCGAAAAAAAGCAGAAGUUUGCUUGGCCUGAUGCAGACGAGAUCGAUUCUCAUUUUGCGGAAGAGUGUCGUCUCAUGCAUGUAGCCAUCACGCGUGCUAAGCGGAUUUGCUACGUGCUAUCGUUGCGAAGUUGGCAGGUGGGAGGCGAGGAAGUGGAAUUAUGGCAGGUUUUCAGGUUGUUAGUUCUUCUGUGUACUUAGUUCUCAAAGGUUAAAACUGAUAGCAAAUGAGAAAUUGCCAGGGAAAUGUUAGGCACUUUGCCGAAUCGAUCCAAAUCAUCAAAACUGAUAGCAAAGAAGGUCUGCGUUUCUAAUACAAGGUUCAAGUAUCGAUCUAGAUGGAAUCGACCCGAACGACGACACACUCCUCUUCGAUCCGCCUAAGACUUUCCGUGGACGCGGAGGGGGAAACAAGAGCUAUUUCGAUCAUUACGGCUACAGUGAUGUUUUUGUUUCUGGUGAUUCUCUUUGUUCUUGCCUCCUUAGAGUUAGGCUCCUUGCCCUGCGCAGAAUCAAAGAGGUCAUGAUUGCAACAACAUUCACCGCAAUAGCUCUAAUCUGAUACCGAAGAUGAUUAUCGAAAUCAGAGUCACAGAAACGCCUAUCAUGAUUUCUUUUCGGGCUAUGCUGGAAGUGGACGGGGUUAUGCAGGUGGCGGAGAAGAUGACUAUGAUGAAUUUGGCCGUCCGCAUGGCGACAAAAAUGCGUCAGGAGGAUAUCAUGGUGAUCGACGUGGUGACCAUUUUGGGGCAGCAGGCUCUAGCUCUACCUUCAUCUCCGAAGACCCAGUAGUUAGAGCAGAGGAGGAAGAUAUUUCUAGUUCUGAUCAUCCAAAACGCUUCCCGUACAGGGAACCAACCAACAGCUUUGCCGUUCCUGACUACGUCACGGUUUAUGAUGUCGCGAAGGUGGCGACUAAAGUCCGAAAAUUGAAGCUCCUAGGAAUCGACGCAGACUCGUGGAAACAGGGGGCAAGAGAGCUUUUCUUGUAUGGCUAUACUGUAGCUGUGCAAGUUGGAUGAUUCAUAUAAUAGUCUCACAUGACAAGAUAAUUUAGGUUUUCAUAUGGUGAGUGGUUACGGAAAGCACCUGUAAACUCUUUGCUGGUUCUAAGUACAAAAUACUAGGACGGCAAAAUGUAGAUCAUCGUACACAUGGAAGAUACUCUCUCAUUGAGUUGAUAAACUCCUUCUUUUCGAUGGAUCAAUAGUCCUCCCUCUAACCUGCACCCUCCGAGGAAGUGUUGCAGAAAGCGUAUAGACUUCGCGCGAGAGACAUACACCCAGACAAGUGUCUGAAUGAUCGUGCUGGAGCGACGGAAAGAUUCAAGCGCAUGGGGAACGCCUAUAACGAGCUAAUAGCGUUCAUGAGAGAGGAGCGAGAACGAAAGAAGGACAUGCCAAAGAGAGGAACGACAUUUGGUUUCGGAGGUGGUAGACCGAAUUUCAAUCCUUGGCAGCGAAGGUGGUAGUUUCAUCAACAUAUUCGAAGUUCAUUGUACAUCUUCAGCUAUUGUUGUUGGUACUAUCGAUCAGUUCUUUAGUACACAUAGACAAUUUGUAGACAAGCAGCAUUGGCGGGUUUUCAUACAACUACUAAGUUCCAGUACCGAUGCCACUACUACAACUCUUGACUUGGAACACUAUACUAAAGGACAACUACACCUUCAUAUACGAACACUGUCGACAGAGCUUGCUAACGAGCAUUGGGGAUCGAUCGUAGGACAAUCAAUGAUAAUUAAUAUUUUUUUACCGAAUUAAAGGUGUUGUGUUCAUGAAGGCAUUAGCAUGCACUAUGCAUCAGGAAUUUCACAUAUGAUGAGCAGCUAGAAAGCGGAUGAAAGUUGUCGAUUCCUGGUUGAUUCCGCAAAAACUGUGAUCAGAUCCCUAGACUUUGAUUCCUCUGUAUCUGGUACUUACAUCAGUUUUGCACAUAUAAUGACGUAAGUAGCCAUUUCCUAAACGUCGGAAGCUGCCAUCGGAAGCUGCCAUGACGAUGGUCAGGAGAACGAAUAUCGUGUUUUCGAGUGACAACAACGAAUGACCUGUGAGCGACGUGUUGAAGUUUAGAGACAGAGUCUAGUAUUGGACUGUAUUGUUCCAAAAUCCGAAAAA